AUGGAAAUUUGGGCAAUGAAGAAUAAUUAUGAUUACAUUGUUCUCAAAUCAACGAGAAAGUGGUGGUAUAUUCGAUGUAAGGAUAAACUGUGCAACUGGACUCUGCGUGCAGAAUGUUUGGAUGGGUCUACAUACUUCAUGAUCAACAAGUGGGUGGGAAUACAUUCAUGUGCUCCUUCGAAGAAAAGCAAAUUCGGAAAAACGGCAUCGGCAAGAACAAUUGGGAAGCUGAUACAACAUCGAUUUGAUGAUGCCAAUGAUGGCCCAAAAGCAAAUGACAUCAUUCAGUUCAUGAGACUGGAGCAUAGUUGCAAGAUUACUUAUUGGCAAGCUUGGGAAGCUCGUGAGUAUGAAAUUGCAGCGGCUCGAAGUAUACCAGAUGAAAGUUAUGCUAAAAUACCAAAAUAUUUGCAUAUGAUUAAAGAAGCUAAUCCUGGUACCCACACGCACUAUGAAACAACUGAGGAUGGGAGAUUCAUGUAUCUAUUUAUGUCGUUUGGGCAAUCAGUUCGAGAAUUCUACAAUGCAAUGCGUAGGGUGAUUGUUGUUGAUGGAACUUUUCUGAAAAAUAAAUACAAAGGAGUGCUACUUGUUGCUACAGCUGUAGAUGGUAACUCCAAUUUGUAUCCGAUUGCUUUUGGAGUUGUUGAUUCUGAGACUGAGGAUUCAUGGGAGUGGUUCUUAAGAACUUUGAAAGUGGUUAUUGCUGAUAGUAGAGAUUUAGCUUUUGUAUCAGAUAGGGCUGCGUCAAUAGCUAAAGCGCUUGGGACUGUUUACCCUCGUUCAAGACAUGGAAUUUGCAUUCACCACUUGUUGACCAAUGUGGUAAAAAAUUUCAAGACAAAGGGUUUGUCCGCCUUGGUCGAGAAGGCUUCGCGGGCAUAUAGGUUCUCUGAAUUUCAGGAACGUUUCACUGAAAUUGUUGAAAUGUGUCAUGCGCUUGGAAGAUAUCUACAGGAGGCUGAUGUGAGAAAAUGA